AGAGAGAGAGGGGGGGAGAGAGAGAGACAUGCGGAUGUAAUGUCUAACGCUAGCAUCCUUUCUUCGGAAGAUUCGCAAUCGUGAAGGAAUCCCAUAACCGCGGCUACGGCGGCACUCUUUGGCGGGGACGGUGGAUGAGAGUAGAGAGUGACGGGUGGUGGUGGCAGCGGCAUAAGGGGGGGGAGGUCUUCCGCCCCCUUCACGAACCAAACGCCGGUAAUGAGUGUUUACACUGCAAGCACGCCGAGCAGCGCGACUUCACCGGCGAUAAAUACGACAGCUACGACGACGGCGACAGGAACAGAAGAGGCGACGUCGCCGACGACGGUGACAGCAACGGAGACGACGACGACGGUGACGGGGACGGCGGCGGCGGCGGCGGCGGCGGUGGCGGUGACGGUGACCGCAGCACCAGUUGCGACGACGACGACGGCGACGGCAGCGGUCACAUUGUCCAGCUUCGUCGCCGCGUCGCCCGAGACGAGCGGCUGGAUCGAGUUCUGCGACAGACACGCCCGCGCCUCAGCCUCCGACUUUGCUAAAGCGUUCUACGCUUACGUCAAUCUAAAUUUGCGCGAGAGCGCCCGCACCAAUCUCUCACACCACGACUUCCUCCGAAAAUUCGUCGAGAGCUUCUGCGAGCACUUCGAGAAUGAAUAUUUGCGUCAGGGCGUGAGGUCACUGUCAUUGCAUGAUACUAGAAGUAUAGCAUCCAAUGAAAGAGAUAUAAAUCUUGCAAGCCAAAAUGCUACUAAUGCACCAGUCCGUGCGUCGUCUCAUGAAGAAUUCAGCGACUAUUCUGAACAUGAAGGGGAGGCAGUAUCACCGAAACCCGCUCACAAACCUUUCUUUCGUAGAUUAUCUUUUAAGGGACUUAAAAAGGGCAAGAGUUUCUUCCAUAAACAACAAAGUGACGAGGUGGAAUUAUCCAUUGAACAUCGCAAGGAUAAACACUCGAAAGCUAAAUUGUCGAAAAUCGUGGUGGAGUGUAGGAAGGAAGGAGUCGUGAAUCUUAUGAUAAUCUCGAAGGACAACAUAGAUGGACCUCAAAUGGAAAAGUCACGAUUAGCAUUGAUAAAAGCGAUCGGUGGAUACAUGUUGGAAUUUUAUGUCCCGCCAAAAGCCGUAAAACCACGAAGCGGCGUCUUUUGUUCGGCGAUAACGGAAAUAAGGGAGACCACGGCGCUCGAAACGCCAGAUCGCGAAAACUCGUUCGUUCUGAAGACCUCGAACAAGGAAUUCAUCGUGGAAACAAGUGACCCGAACGAUUUGAAAUCAUGGCUGGCAACGAUCAGGUAUUGCAUGCGAACGGUGCAACAGAGUUCCAGCGCGCCUGGUUCUGGACCGGGCGAUUUCUUAGAUUCUCUCGGUCACGGUUCAUUGACUAUCGGUUCUAAUAGCGAUCGAUUACGAGCCAAUUCGGCGAGUAAGACCUUUCGAUCCGCUAGUCAUGAACACAGCGAUGACUUGCAGGGUAAUCCACCAGAAUUACCUCCAAGAGGCCGUGAUAUACGUAGUAGCAGUAACCUAGAAUUACGUUCCUCUCAAGAAAUCGAACAAGUGUCUAAUGCUGUAUCUAAUGAAGACGAGGCAGAUUUAUCGAUUAAUUUACGACAAUACCCAUGGUUUCAUGGCACUCUUCCUCGUUCUGAUGCUGCGCAACUUGUAUUGCAUAACGCAGGUCAUGGCCAUGGUAUAUUUCUGGUUCGACAAAGUGAAACUAGAAAAGGCGAAUAUGUAUUAACUUUCAAUUUUCAAGGAAGAGCAAAACAUUUACGGAUGACGCUGAAUGAUCAAGGUCAUUGUCGUGUCCAACAUCUGUGCUUUCCUACGAUACAUGAUAUGAUAGAACACUUUCGUCAGAACCCGAUACCUCUCGAAUCCGGUGGGACUGCGGAUGUUACUUUAACGGAAUUUGUAAUAAUAGCAAACCAUACAUCGCGAUCGGGGCAUCAUCAGGCGGGUGGCUCGAAUGUGCAACAGUCGCAAGAAAGGAGACCUCCGGCAGCUUUGGAGCCUAGAGAAGUACGCACCUAUGGUGGUUCUAUAAGAACGCGCGUGGAAUCGUUGGAGAGACUAGAGCAACAGAACACUAUUGCGGAGCAACAGGGCUCGGCUUCGUCCACUGGCAGAGCAGUUCAGAACACUUACAGUUUUCUCUGACGUUGGAUUCAUGCUAAUCCACCAUCAGGCUACAAUCCAGUUAGUCCGACAGACUGAACAUAAAUAAUAAUAUGAUGAAGUAACUGCGAAGUUUUUUCAUUUCUAGAAUUGCGUCAUGCCAUAAAACAACUGUUUGAGACAAAGCGCAUCAUUCUAUUAGUACAAAACAACUGCAUUUCUUUCUUGGAAUGUCUUAUAUCUUCCAAAUUGUAGAUUGUGUAUGCGUGUAGCAUUUGACAUUAUACAACUUUUAUAAUUUAUUAGCAACAAUCUAUUUGCAUUGCAUUUACAUCGAAAAAUAAUAAGAAAUAGAAUAGACUGCGGAGAACAAAAUGAGUCUCAGCAAUAAUCAUUUCA